AGAAAACGUUUCUAGUUUCCAUUAAAAUACAUAGAACGUUUUUUUUUAUAGUAAGAAUAUGGAUUCACAACUACUCCAGGCAGUUCAAGAUUUGUGGUUUGUAGAUUACCAAAUUUCUUGCAACUGAAACGUCGAAAAAUAUUCAAAUUAGGGUGGCUUUUUAAUUUUUCGCUUUUUCUGAUCUCAAAUCAGAUUCUGGACAUUGCAUUGCAGUCUAUUAUUAUAGUAAAUGAAUUCAUUGAUUAGUAGCACAUUGGAGUAAUUCGAACAGUAACAAUCGGAGUAGUGCAAAUAGAACAGAGUUAGUGCAGAUGAAACAGAAAUUAAAGCAAUUCGAACACUUAGAGUAACUAAUUUUAUUUAAAAACUAAAAACCUUUCAAUGUAUAUGAAUUUGCACUGUAAUCGGUUCGAAAUGUGUUUAAUCUCCGAACAAAUUAUAGAAGCAGUGAUCAGCUAAAUGAAAACGCUAUUGUUCCUGAAAGUGUCAAUUCAAAAAAAGAGAGGUUAUGUUUUUGUUUUUAUCGUUGAAAUGUUUGUAAACAAAUAAUUUGUGUCAUGAUAAAUACGUAUCAUUGAAAUCAUGGAACUCACAGAACCGAGACCGAAAAAACACUGCAAACUACCAACCAAUUUACCAUUACCAGUUAUUUAUAGAAAAGACGGAAACCUAAAAAAAUUCUCGGCACAUUUCAAUGGAUUCUCUGUUAUCCUGGACAAUUUAGAUGACAUGAAAACUAUAGUUUCAAUGGGCUACUUCGGCAAAGCGAAUUUCUCACGUAGUUAUCCACAAUUCACCCAAAACCAACCGAAAAUCAUAAGACAAAGACAAUUUGUGACUAGAAAGCAAUUUACAGGCAACCAACCAAAUAAAGUAAUUACAGUUCCAGAUAGUGACUCAGAAAACGACGAUUACUUCACAAAUUUGCAACCGAAAUACGAAAUUGAUUGUUCAGGACUCAGUGAAACUGUUUGGUUGAGUCUGGAAGAGGCAUUUUUCCUUGCUAGUGCUGUAAAAUGCCUGGAUGUUAGUUGUAGUGAUGGAAAACUAUUAGACUGUGACCAAUUGUGGGCUUUAUUUCAAGAAACUGAUUCAUUUUUUGUGAGGAAUUAUGUGGUUUAUUUUUACUAUCGGGCUAAGAAUUGGGUGGUGAAACCUGGGAUUAAGUUUGGAGGCGAUUUCAUGUUAUAUAAACAAGGACCUCCAUUUUAUCAUUCUUCCUAUAUAAUAAUUAUAGAAGUAAUUGAUUCAAUUAAUGGAGAACGGAACAGCAUUUUAACUAAUAGGUGUAUGGAUAAUAGAUCAGUGUUGGGCUUGAAUAGGCUUUGUGAGACUGCUGGAAAAGAAUUGGUAAUAUGUAGAGUGAAAUGGCCAAAUAAUCAAAUAUCUUAUGAGAAUUUUAGUAACAUUGAAAUACAAGAGAUUCUUGUGAAACGGUGGAUUGCUUCGCAUCAUCAGGAACAAGAAGUUAUUUAGAUUUAUUUCUAAUCAUUUAAAUACUUGUAAAGGUAUUGGCGCACCCAGGGAGGGCAUCGGGCCAAGCCCCCCUCCCCCUAGGCAGCCCUUCCAAAACUGUAUUUUUACUUAUAAAAAAAUGUAUUAACAUUAGGGCGUGGCAUCUUGGCACUUCAAACCUAUGUAGGGCCCUUCCUAAAGAUAUUUUCUGGGUGUGCCACUGUGUAAGAGAAUCUUUAAUCCUGA